GAAAACCUAGGGUUUAUUAUAUAAAGGGAUUCUGCCCUAUCUCUUGUUUUCCGCCACUUCUCUUUCGGGUUCCUGCUCCGCUCGCGGCACCAAAUCUACAAUGGCUUUUGCCAAAGCUCAGAAGACGAAGGCCUACUUCAAACGUUAUCAAGUCAAGUUCAAGAGAAGGAGAGAGGGAAAGACUGACUACCGAGCUAGAAUUCGUCUUAUUAACCAGGACAAGAACAAGUACAAUACUCCCAAGUAUCGCAUUGUUGUCCGAUUUUCGAACAAAGAUAUCACAGCUCAGAUAAUUUCUGCUAGCAUUGCUGGGGACUUGGUCCUUGCUUCAGCUUAUUCUCAUGAGCUUCCUCGUUACGGGCUGGAAGUUGGUCUCACCAACUAUGCUGCAGCAUAUUGCACUGGGCUUCUCUUGGCUCGACGAGUUUUGAAACAGCUUGAGAUGGAUGAUGAAUAUGAGGGCAAUGUGGAGGCUACUGGUGAAGAUUACUCUGUUGAGCCUGCUGAUACCAGAAGGCCAUUCCGUGCUUUACUUGAUGUCGGUCUUCUUAAAACUACAACUGGAAACCGUGUUUUUGGUGCUCUUAAGGGAGCUUUAGAUGGUGGAUUGGACAUCCCUCACAGCGACAAGAGGUUUGCUGGGUUUUCCAAGGAUAGCAAGCAGCUUGAUGCUGAUGUUCAUAGGAAGUACAUUUAUGGUGGACACGUUGCGGCGUACAUGCGGGUACGACCGUGCUGUUUAUUUGUUCUUAUGACAUGCUAUUUGUAUCCUUCAAAAAAAUUGUAUAAACGUUUGGUAACUUUUUAUAUAUGGCUUCAUCAGACCUUGAUGGAAGAUGAACCAGAGAAGUACCAAACCCACUUCAGCGAAUACAUCAAGAAGGGCAUUGAGGCUGAUGACAUUGAGGGUUUAUACAAGAAAGUUCAUGCCGCCAUUCGGGCAGACCCAUCAGUGAAGAAAUCCGACAAGCCCCAACCCAAGGCACACAAGAGGUACAACUUGAAGAAGCUGACAUACGACGAAAGAAAAGCUCGAUUGGUGGAACGUUUGAACGCUCUCAACUCUGCAGCUAAUGCUGACGACGACGACGACGAUGACGAUGAGGAUGACGAGUGAAAGAUGAAAAUUAGUUGAUGUGGGCAUGGAAGGAUUUUAAUGUAGUAGUUCUGCUAUUUAUUAUUUUAAGUUUCGUUCUUUGGUCGAAAACUUUUCUCAUCUUGGAGUGUUUUGUUACUUAGAAAAUCAUACUUUUGGUCGCCUCGACUUUGUCACUUUUGAUACCCAUUUUCUCUUCCAAUGCAAAUCAAGUUUUGACUGCCU